AUGACGCUGCCGCCGCCCGCGCGCCCCGCGCACCCCGCCGCGCAUCGCGCAAUGCGCUAUUACCGCAUCUGGAUCUACGCGUGCAACGGCGCGCUGUUGCUUGGGGCGCUUGCAUUCUGCGCGGCAGCGGGUCGCGCACUCUCCGACUACCGCCGAGCAUUGGUGCCCGGGCUAGGCGUCGCACAGCCCGGCUUUCUCUACGGCUACGCGGCCCUACCAGCGCAGGCGGGGUUACUGCAGCUACUCGGCUGCCUUGCUGCGCUACGACUCUCAGAGCGGAUGCUCAACGCCUACUGGUUAGCGUUAUUGGCACUGCUCGUCGGAGACGCAGCUAUCGGCGUUUACUGGGCAUUCCGCUUUGAGCGUGUUUGCCGCGAGCUUCGGCCACAGCUGAGACUUCGUCUCGCCAAGGAUUACGACACGGACAUUGACUUUUCACAAGCUUGGGAUCGCCUACAAAGAGAGCAGCGCUGUUGCGGUGUAACAGGGCCGGCAGAUUUUGCCGCUUUUAACAGAACUACACUUCCAGCGAGUUGUUGCCGUAUACCGGCUCACACAUCAUCCGUCACGCCCACUCUGCUGGCCGUCACUUCAGCAACGUCUCCUGCGCCAUUCACUCCAGUACAUUGUGCACCGCAUACUGCUCCCUGCUCUGAGAGACUCCUCGUUUGGCUAAGACGAACUGCAGACGCUUUGUUCGUGUUAGGGUACUGCGUCAUUGCGUUUUUAAAAUUGUGCUUCCUCGGAAUCCUCCGAUACGAAAUAAAGGAGAUGAUUCAGAAAAUUAGAAUAUUACGGAGUGAGCUCGGAGCGGGAGAACUAAUGGACGGUAGCCCGCUUCAUGGCGGACCACUCUCACAAACAGUGAUUGUGAACGCUGUGAAUGCAAACGGCGGCGUCCGAGCUCAUGGAGGGAGCCCAGAACGCGCGGGAGAGCGCGAGGCUCUGCUCGGAAGGGCAUCAGAGCCGUGUUCACGUCGGAGUAUGCAUGACGAACCUUUAGGUCCCAAAACAAUAAACGGAAACAACAACUGCGAAAUGCGAGAACUCGCUCGAGGAGACUACAGACCCCUAGCGGCGGACAGUGCAGCAACUCGAAUCUGACUAAGAUGUUACCUGGAGCGGCUGUUCGGGCGGCGAUGGCGCUCGUUCCCGACUGCGGGCUGCGAGCUGGAGCCGCCGCUGGGCCGCGGGCCGCCGGCGUGCGUGCGCCGCGCCGGCGCGCGUGUGCGCCUCGACCACCGCCGACAAACCCGCUCCGAAUUUGAAUUGUAAGGCAGAGGGCCAAAGCGGCGCUCACGCGGCGUGCGCGACGCCCGCCAUAUCGCCGCCGUCAAUUGCGAGUACCGAUAGAGUCGGUAGAACUAAACUAUAUGUUAUGUUCAUAGUGGUAGCCCUGUAAACUGUACCAGCGAUGCAAAUCAGUGUUAGCGUAUUGUUAUGAAAGGACGUUGUGAACAGUGAGACAUGAAUAUUAUGAAAGUGCAUCGAAGGAUAUUUGUGUAAUUUAGACAAAGUGAAAUCAAUUUUCGAGCAAAGCUUGUGUUUAGUUCCUAAAUUUGGCGAUUAACUAUUGGUUUCGUAGGUGCAUAGGACACAUAUGGUUUAAUUUACGGCCCUUAGACAAGUGGCAAGAGAUACCAGAGGUGUCGUAAGCGUACAGCAUGUGAGGAAAUGCAGUCUCCAGAUAGACCAACCUAUAACGGAAGCAUAUGGCUACUAGGGGAGCGCAGUAAAUCCAUCCUACAUAUUAUUGUAUCUGUAUACUCGAAUACGAUUUUAAUAUUUAUAGCAGUAAAUAACGGGAAUCAACCAAUAUAAGAUUAAUUAUGAUGAUUGUUUAGCCUUAAGACAUAACAGUUUUUGAUUGUAUACCAAUAGAUUUACGAAAAUAAUAAUUAUUGUAUGUAUUUUACAAAUUUUCAUGUCAUUUUACUCAUUGUCUUCAAUUUAAAAUUGUACGUUGUAAUUUGUUAUAAUGUUGUAUUUGCCAUAGUCCUUAAUACCGACGACGCACUCUGGGGAGUGAUGAUUGUCUAUGAGCAUCGUAUUUUAAGACAAGCAGAAUAUAAACACUUCGAUAUUAAUAUACUUAUGUACUUUGUAAAUUAUUGACUUGUCCUUUAAUAUGAUAGUUGUAUCGACAAAAUCACUUUCAAGACUGCUGGUAUAUUAUAUUAAAGGAUAUAUUUUGUUAUCCAAUCCAACGUUUCUCUUGCACGAAACCUAUUCGCCUAAUUUUAUUAUUUUCCAUAGGAUAUGUAAACAUUUCUAUCAUAGAUUUCUUAGUUAUUUAUAAGUACCUCUAUACCUGUUUAAAACUUGCACGGUUAGGAUGCUUUCAAAAUAGGUAAUUGUCGCAACUCAAUAUCGGGACACCGUGACUCUACAAAUUGCGUGAUUACACCUACAUUUGUCUGCCACAGUUGCACCAAUUCCCUACAGCGAAGGCUCCCUUUCGUUUCCAGUACAUGCGUAGACUAGAGAUAUAAUCUCAAAACAAACACAGCUUGGGUUCGCACAGCGUCCGCGUUCGCGUCACACGCUCGUUUGUUUUGACAGCUUCCCUUACAUGGCUCGGACAGGACCGAGUCGCGACUAUUGUCGCUCAUUGUCUAUUUAUCUAGUUCCCAUUAUCAUACCUAAUGUUGUCGGUAAAUGUAAAUAAUAAACAAAAUUUGUACAUGUGUAGUAUGCGAGUAAUUGUGCAUGGACAGAUUGACAAAAAUAGUACUGAUAUGAGCUUAAACGACGUAGUGCCUACAAUUAUAUGCUUGUAAACAGUAUAAAGUGAACGACUACACUAUUGAUAACAUUUAUUUUAUGGCAGAGGAAUUUAAAAUGUUUCGUACUACAUUUGAUCAAUAUCUCGACAGAGUGCAGCCAUCAUUGCUAAACAUAUUAAGAGAACGCGCUAUGAAUCUAGACGGCGCAUCUAAAAUAUAACAAUAUCUCAUGGUGUAAGGAAUUAGGUAAAGUUUAUUAAUGGCUGUGUCAAAUAUAGGUGAGACCUAUCCAUGCCGUGUGUAGUACCGUGCCGCGCAGGCGAGCAGCCGCCCGAGGCGGGAGCCGCUGCUCGCCCACCUAUCUACAUUCACACAUAUUUGUACUUUACGAACUAACUUUAUAGAUAUAUUGUAAUGACGAGUACGAAGUUAUGUUCGCUUAGAGUAGGUAUAAUAUUUUAUGAAUUUAUGCAGAAACAUAGUUUUUUAAUAUUGUUGUCACAUGAAUGUACCAAUCUUAUAAAAAUUUGUACCUAUAUUCGGAAAGUUGAAUAAUUUGUAGCUAGGAUCCAAUCUAAAUCCUGCAUUUCUUCCAAAAAAACGGUUAAAAUAACAUGUGCCUUGGCUUGUAAAUCGUAUAACUGAUGUUAUGUUUAUUAUAAAUUAUUGGAUAUAAAAUAAAUGGAACACGAACUCGUCUCUGAUGUGCUGCCUACACCUUCCGACCUGUAUAUAUGUGUCACUACUUACUCUGUACAUUCGUUUGUAUCGACUAUGUGUUGUUUGAUCUCGAACACUUUACGGCUUUCUCAAAGUAAUGUGUGUUAGUUUUUAUUUUAUUUUACACACUUCAUUUCCAGUUCCAGUUAAAACUUGAAAACAUCGGAAUUUUUCUACAGUUAAUAAAUAAAAAUUUAACAUUACUCGCUGUAGAAUAAUUCUAAGCCAAAACAGCUCUGGAAACUGGACUAGCACUAAUUUAAUUGCUGUUUCUUUAACCUCAACUUUACUAUUCACUGUUCCUUGCAAACUUCUUCAAUAUAAUACAGAUGAUUGUUAAACAGAGGCCACAGUACCUUGUGUACUUGUACAGUACUUGAGUGUGGUGUGAGGAAUGCUCUGUGUCAUCUCAUUAUCUAACUUAUGGUACACUGUACGUAAUCUUUUGAAUUCUCUACUGUCACGAUACUUUGAACGUUUUCCUUGUUAAGUGUGUUUCAUUAUAACAGUAGAGUUGUUACAACUUUCCGAAGGUACGCACUAGGCGACUGAGAGCUAAUAUUAUCAUAAUAAAUGCAUUAAAUAAAGAGUUUGUUAAAAUGU